ACCACACAUACUUAUCCAAAGUGCGUUUGCUGCACCCAUGCCUCAUGUGAAUAUUCAGUCUGCGAAUGGCGACUAUCAAAUUUACUAUCAGAGGUUGCCGGAGCAUGCUGAAGACCUCAAUGACCGACCUCGAGUCCUGUUGCUGAUGGGCUUAGGUGGUACACAUGGUUUGUGGAAGUUUCAAUUUGAGUACCUGCAAACAUUUUGUCAAGUUUGCGCUGUGGACAACCGCGGUACCGGGUACUCUGGGCAUCCUUCAGGCCAAAUAAGGUACACCACCAAGCGAAUGGCGGAAGAUGCCUUGGCUGUGCUUGAUGAUCUUGGCUGGACGAAAGUGCACAUUAUUGGCAUCAGUAUGGGUGGAAUGAUUGCGCAGGAGCUGGCCAUCGCGGUGCCAAACCGUGUAGCUUCCCUAGCACUUUUGUCUACCUAUUCCUCGGCCCUCUUGGCUUUACCAACCGUUGCAGCCUUGAUUGACUUGGCUCGCUCCACCGGACUUCUCACGAGAGACUUGCGUGAGCAAGGGCGGGCCUCCAUGAGGCUGAACUUUCCCGACCGUUGGCUUAGUGGAAAGCGGCUCUCAGAAUUGCAUGAGGGCAAGGAGGUUUCGAACUUCAGGUGGGUGAACAAAGCCUUCAUUUUGAUGAGCCUGGAAAUUCCAAAUGAGUUGAAGAGCAAAGGAGCUGGACCACCCCCAAGAACUCAGCCCAGUGAGAUGUUUAAGCAGCUUGCCGCAGUUUUAACGCAUCAUGUCAGCAAUGCUCGGUGUGAGACACUUCGCAAACUUGGAGUGCCGGUUCUGGUCAUGACAGGUAGUGAGGAUUGGCUUGUCCGCCCUGUGAAUUCCAAUGUCAUUGCAAGGCAUUUUAACACGAAAGUGGACGUUUUGCAUGGUAUUGGGCAUGGUCUCAUUUUCCAAGACUCUCCGAUGGUCAAUGAACAUUUGGCAAAGCACAUCAAACUUGGAGAGGAGUAUGUCCAAACUCUCAAUCGCUCCAAGCUUUGACGGCACACGAUUGGCUGAAACGGCACACGUUGACAGUGAGAAAGGGAACUAUGUGAUGGGCUGUGUGUGAUGAGAUGUGUUUUCCUUUUGGUCAAUAUGAAUGGCACAAAAGCAGAGACGUUGGAGA